UUACUUCCGCCCGGUUCUCCUUCCCGCAGUCUGCAGCCGGGGUAAGAUGGCCGCGCUGAGGGCGCUGUGCCGCCUCCGGGGCGUCUCUGCCCAGGUGCUGCGGCCUGGAGCUGGGGUCCGACUGCCGAUUCAGCCCAGCAGAGGUGCUCGGCAAUGGCAGCCAGAUGUUGAAUGGGCAGAGCAAUUUGGGGGCGCAGUCAUGUACCCUACCAAGGAAACAGCCCAUUGGAAGCCUCCACCUUGGAAUGAUGUGGACUCUCCAAAGGAUACAGUGGUGUCGAACCUGACACUGAACUUUGGGCCUCAGCACCCGGCAGCCCAUGGAGUCCUGCGGCUAGUGAUGGAACUGAGUGGGGAGAUGGUGCGGAAGUGUGAUCCUCACAUCGGGCUCCUGCACCGAGGCACUGAGAAGCUCAUUGAAUACAAGACCUAUCUGCAGGCCCUUCCAUACUUUGACCGACUGGACUACGUGUCCAUGAUGUGCAAUGAGCAGGCCUAUUCCCUGGCCGUGGAGAAGCUGCUCAACAUCCAGCCGCCUCCCCGGGCGCAGUGGAUCCGAGUGCUGUUUGGAGAAAUCACACGCCUUUUGAACCACAUCAUGGCUGUGACCACACAUGCCCUGGACAUUGGAGCCAUGACCCCUUUCUUCUGGAUGUUUGAAGAGAGGGAGAAGAUGUUUGAGUUCUACGAGCGAGUGUCUGGAGCCCGGAUGCAUGCUGCUUACGUCCGGCCUGGGGGAGUGCAUCAGGACCUACCCCUGGGGCUGCUGGAUGAUAUUUACGAGUUUUCCAAGAACUUCUCUAUUCGGAUUGAUGAGCUGGAGGAGAUGCUGACUAACAAUAGGAUCUGGCGAAACCGGACAAUCGACAUUGGAGUUGUAACAGCAGAAGAUGCACUUAACUACGGUUUUAGUGGAGUGAUGCUCCGGGGCUCGGGUAUCCAGUGGGACCUACGGAAAACCCAGCCCUACGACGUUUACGACCAGGUCGAGUUUGACGUUCCCAUUGGCUCUCGAGGGGACUGCUAUGACAGGUACCUGUGUCGGGUGGAGGAGAUGCGCCAGUCUCUGCGGAUCAUCUUCCAGUGUCUGAACAAGAUGCCUCCUGGGGAGAUCAAGGUCGAUGAUGCCAAAGUGUCUCCACCUAAGCGAGCAGAGAUGAAGACUUCCAUGGAGUCGUUGAUCCAUCACUUCAAGUUGUAUACCGAGGGCUACCAAGUCCCUCCGGGAGCCACAUACACCGCCAUCGAGGCCCCUAAGGGAGAGUUCGGGGUGUACUUGGUGUCUGAUGGCAGUAGCCGCCCUUAUCGAUGCAAGAUCAAGGCUCCUGGUUUUGCCCACCUGGCUGGUUUGGACAAGAUGUCUAAGGGACACAUGUUGGCGGAUGUCGUUGCCAUCAUAGGUACCCAGGACAUUGUGUUUGGAGAAGUCGAUCGGUGAGCCGGACAGCAGCCCUGGCUCUCCCUGCCUAGGAAGCGUUCUCCGCGGAGCCUGUCCCUCGUUGGAGACAGGGCUGUGUGUGUGCGUGUGAGUGUACAUGGACACAUAGCGGUCGGGCUCUCUCUGCAUGUGCUAGAAAAGGAGAAAUUAUAAUAAUAAACUAGCCGCCUUACGGCCCCUGUGCCCAAA